AGGGCUCCAUAUUGAACCGAUGUUUUGAUCCAAACGGCUGAGCAGUUUACUUUAAGUCUGUUUUUGUUUUUUUUACCUAAAGAAGCUCACAACAACAACAACAACAACAACAACAACAACAACAACAGUAUAUCCAGGGUAACAAUGAAGCUAACGGACAUUAAGAAGUUAAAAGUGCCCGAGCUGCGGUGCAGACUUACAGACCUCGGGUUGGACGUCCGGGGGCUGAAGGCUGAGCUGGUGGGCAGGUUGUGGUCUGCUUUAGAGGCUGGACUACCCGGAGGACACGGCGAGGAAGACAUAAAACUACAAAACGACUCCUCCUCACCGACACCUUCGGAACCGGCGGACACUGUGGUGGACGUCCGCGCUCCGGCCUCUUCACCGCCGACAGUAGCUGGUGUUACUGCGCGGUGGGAACUAGACCACCGCACCAGAGCGUUCACAGACUCCGCCACACAGACAGACAGCGGGCUGCCAGCACCGCAACGACCCCCUGGGCUGGGUUCAGAGUGUGUGCCCGACCACCGAGAGGAGGAGGAGGAGGAGGAGGAGGAGGUCGAGAGGCAGCAGGGAGGUGCGCAGCGUCCCGGAGAGGAUGUGAGAGCUCAGUCAGCAGAGGAGCUGUGCAGAGGAAGAGCUUUCUAUGAGUUCAAAGAGGAGAUACGAUACAAAAGAGCCAAAUCACCACAACCUCCAGCGGACAGAGAGGAGACAGAGGAGGAAGAUGGAGAUAAAGUCAGAAUAAAUCCAUAUGACAGCCACCUCCACUUUGAGGUGGCUCCUGACUGUGCGUGCGGUCAGCCUCGGUUCUGGGCUCGAUUCCCCUCGCUGUGGUCGGGCUGCAGGCUCACCCAUGGGGUGCUGCAGGGCUGUGUGGGCUUUGAGGUGAGGCUGGAGAGGAAGCUGUUGACCACGCAGCUGGAGGAGACGAGAGACAUGGAUCCUUACGGUCUGAGAGUAGGCUGGUCAUUGGCCAACAGCUCCCUACUGCUGGGUGAAGAUGAAUUGUCUUUUGCUUUUGAUGGGCGCGGUAAAAAAGUGUCAGGUGGGAAGGAGGAAGAGUUUGGAGAACCUUUCUCAGAGGGGGACAUCAUUGGCUGUUACGCUUCUUUCUCUACAGACAGCGCUGUUGAGCUCUCUUUCCAUAAGAACGGGCGUUUCAUGGGGGUGGCCUUUUUCCUUGGCGCCUGUGUGCCGCAGGCUCUCUUCCCUCACGUCCUCUGUAAGAGCUGUUCAGUCAGAUUCCACCUGGACCCCACAGCUCCUCCCUGGUACCCCGGCCCUCCAGGGUUCACACCACUAGCAGCUCUUUCUGCUGGGCAGAGGGUGCGCGCCACUUUGGGUCCUUCCUCCAGAUCACAGUGUGAGGUGUUGUUGAUGGUUGGUCUUCCUGGUUCUGGGAAGAGCAACUGGGCCAGGACUCACAUGAAGCAGCAUCCAGAGAAGCAGUACAGACUGUUGGGCACAGAGGAGCUGCUCGCAUGUAUGAUUAGUGGUGGACAGAGGGACAGCAGGCUGCAGCAGGCAUCUCAGUGUCUAACUGAUUUGAUCAAGAUGGCUGCUCAGACGCAUGGCAACUAUAUCCUUGAUCAGUGCAACAUCCUCUUCUCUGCACGCCGUUACAAGCUGCAGCUGUUUACAGGCUUCAGGCGCAAAGUGGUGGUGGUCUUUCCCUCAGCUGACGAGUGGAAGAGACGACGGUCUCUGCACCAGACGAGUGACGGAGAGCAGAUCCCCGAGACCGCCCUCCUUAAACUCCAAGUCAGCUGCAGUCUUCCGGAGCAGCAGAGCGACCUGCUGGAGGAGCUGCAGUAUGUCGGGCUGCCUCAGGAUCAGGUACAGACGCUCCUGCAGGAGUAUAAAGAGGAGGCUCGCAGACUUCUGCCCCCCAUAGCCAAACACGACAAAAAGAAAUCCAGAUUUUACAAGAAAAGACCACACCCCCACGGCCUUCCACCCUCACACAGGAUGCAGUGGACUGGACUCCAUGGGUGGAAGAACAGUAGAUUCAACAUGCAGACAUGGAGGCAGCAACCAAGAUAUUGGAACAUGGCUUAUCAGGACCAGGGCUACUACAGAGACUUUGGUUAUGAAGGUUACUGAUGACGACACCUGGAGCAAGAAGAGACCGAUGCUGCUGCACUAUCUGCGUUUACAAGGACAAUAAUUCUACUGAUGUCACUUAAUUUUGUUGCACUCGCUGCUUUGGUCAAUCAGAGAUAAUCAGUGUUGUAGUAUCUAAUCAUUUAACAAUGAAAACCAGGUCACUUUUUAGGAUUUUUAUUCAAAAUACUUUUUAAAAUUUGAUCAUGUUUUUACUGCACAGUGUACAAAUAAUAAAAAAAAUACAGUAUUUUGCACAGUUCUAACACUAGUAUUGGUCAGAGAGUGCUUAAAGUCAAAGAGUAAUAAAUCCCUGAACCUUUAAA